UCUCAGUCUUCGCGUCGCUGCCCUCCAGCAUUCACGCCUCCCGCGUCCGUUCGCAGCGGCGCAGGCACACUCCGCUCCGCUCUGUACGUACACGCACACACACGCGGCCUCCCCCUCCCCCUCCCGCCGCCGCGCCCUCCUCUCCCCCUCGCCCCCCGUCUCCUCCUCCUCUCCCCGCCGCCGUCGCUGCUGCUCCGUCCCGUCUCUACACGUAGACGCGCGCGUACACACGCCCUGAAUCCGGACGAGGACUUUAGCACACCAACACCUCCGCGGGAGGUGUGGGGGUGAGCCCCCAGAGGAGGUGUCAAUCCUAGCGCUGCUCAGUGACCAUCGCGGCGCCACCCAAGUAACACCUUUCGUCCGCUCUCCAGCCCCGGCCGAGGCGGCUAGCGCGCACAGCACACAGCGUUACACAGUGUCGUCCGGAGAGCGCCUCCUCUCUCUCGGUCGUUUUUCGACUCCUCUCGCCUUUCGCGUUUCGCGCUACGAUCGAGACCGGCCACCGGUCCAAACUGUCCUCGUCCUCGGCCCGUGUGUAUCGUCCGCCCGUCGGACGGAUUCCGCGCGGACCCGGAAUCUUCUCUCUCGCUUUCCUCUCCGCCUCGCAACGGUCGACAGGAACAACAGGCGCGAACGAAGUACAUACGAUACACGCGUGUAUAAUAAUAUAUAUAUAUAUAUAUAUCCGAGGAGGGCGAAAAAGAGAGAGAGUAUUUUUCUUCUUUUCCGCCACUGUCUCGGUCGCGUGUCGGUGUCGCGCGAACGUUUCGGAUUCGCCUCGCGUCCCUCGAGUAAGUACACGCGUUCGAAAUAUAUACGAAAUACAUACAGUGGUGAGGUGUGCGCUCGCUUAUUUAACCGCACGGGUUAAAAAGUCGGGACAUUUGUCGGUGUUCGAAACAGGAAGAAGUGAAUGAUGAAGUGAACAGUGAAAAGCAAGAAGAAUAUAUAAAAUCCUCGAGGUGGUGGUUUUGUUCGAUCGAUCGGUGUUUUCGGCGAUUCGGUGUGACUCUGUCCAAGCGCCACCGCCGUCUCUCUGCGAGUUCAUUCUUACACUCGUCUUUCCUCGUGGAUAGGAGGAAGAGUGCUCUGUCUGUGCUUCGUGAGGAAAAACUCUCGUCUCUCUUCUCGCGAGAAAAGGAAAAAUAAAUAAAUCCAACGACAGGGGAUAUUGUUUCCGAGGGUUCCAAGGUGAGGAGGUAUUCUCGAGGAGGUCGAGGAGGAGGAAGGACGUACGAUGUCGAGCGGACGUCUCGCGACGGACUUCGAGGGGAGAUCGCAGGGGGAGCGACGAGAAGGCGGCGUGGAUCGAGGCCUACGCUCCUGAACGUGGCACGUUGGAAAUUCGUUGGAAAACUCGCGAGUAUGCCCGAGAAAGAUCCGAGCGACGGCCGAGACUGUCGAAUCGCUCGAAAUCGCGCUGGUAACAUCGGCGUUCACUGAGAUCAUACAACGGUAAUCGAAUCCUACGAACAAACAAAACAUCCCUCGUGCAUCGAAAAAGAAGAAGAACAAGAACAAGAAGAAAGAAGAAGAAAAAGAAAGGGGAAAAAGGCAACCGCAACGUCUAAAAUUCGAUCCCCCCCGUAAUGUGUAUCGUGUCGUUGUGCGUGUGAAAUCCAAGUUGUCGUACCUCGAACUAAGAGAGAGAAGAGAAGAAAAAGAAGAAGAAGAAGAAGAGGCAGUGAAGAGGAAAGGGAAAGAGGAAAAUAGGGAAGGAAAGGAGGAGGAAAGGGAAAAGCCUCUCUCGGUUUCUCUGGGAAGCACUCGAAGAGGAGAAUCUCGCGCGACUCGGCACACCCGCCCGUCUCGAUGAGAUUCGAACAAGACACAGCGUGCAGGGGUACCCACUGCGCCAGCACUCCGCAACCCUCCGCGCUGCAGCAGCGAUCACGGAUCGAGGAGGUGGCCGAGGAGGAGGUGGACUCCUCGUUGAAGGACAUAGACGUGGGCGAGCGGCGCAGACGAGAAUUGGAGGCUAACGUGGUCGAGGGUGCGAACACGGGGCCGAGGGCCGAGGCGGGGGGGCCUGGGAUGGCGUACCCCGCGUCAGCGACGGCUCUCAACCAACACUCGGCCUUCGCAGCCACCUCGAUCGCCGCCACGCCGCCGGCCAACCCCAACGGCCACAUAACCGGCGCCGGCCACCUGCCCGCGCCCGCCGCCCCGCGCCCCACCGACUUCAGCGUCUCCUCCUUGCUCACCGCCGCGACCACUCACCCCCCGAUACUGGGCGGCUCGUCCUCGCAGGGGAGCGCGUCGCCGCCGCCCGGCGGCCCGGGCAGUCCGGCCGCCGCGCCGGAAACGCCGCCCCCGCUGCCGAGCCAGAGGGAAUUGUCCCAUCCGUCCUCGGCGGUCGCCGCGGCAAGCUACUUCAGCGCUGCCGCCCUGGCGGCGGCCGGAUUCUACAAUCCGGCGGCCCAUCUGCCGGCGACCAGCUCGCCCGGCCCGACGGCCCACCACCUCCAGGGCAAGGGGAUCCUCAGCGGCACCCAUCAUCAUCCGCAUCUCAACCCCCACGGCAUCACGCCGCCAGGUUUAGGCUUGGGUCCGCACACGCCGGAGGAAGCGGCCGUCCUGGCGGCAGCGGCGGCAGCGUUGCACCAUCAUCACCAAGGAGGCCCUGGUGGACCGGCGAUGAGGCCGCUCAGGCCUCCCUUGCCCCCGGGGAUGCUGCACACCUCGCCGCACCCCCUGGCGCCGCAUCACCCCCUCGCGGGCCCCCACCACCCUCUCGUGCCCCCCCACCACCCGGAGGAGGACGGGGUCGUGGACGAUCCCAAGGUGACCCUGGAGGGGAAAGAGCUUUGGGAGAAGUUCCACAAACUCGGCACGGAGAUGGUCAUCACGAAGAGCGGCCGGCAGAUGUUCCCUCAAAUGAAGUUCCGAGUUUCCGGAUUGGACGCGAAGGCCAAGUAUAUCCUCCUGUUGGACAUCGUCGCCGCGGAUGACUACAGAUACAAGUUCCACAACAGCAGGUGGAUGGUUGCGGGGAAGGCCGACCCGGAAAUGCCGAAGAGGAUGUACAUCCACCCGGAUUCGCCGAGCAGCGGUGAGCAGUGGAUGCAGAAGGUGGUGAGCUUCCACAAGCUGAAACUCACUAACAACAUCAGCGACAAGCACGGCUUUGUAAGUACUACGAUAUUGAACUCGAUGCACAAGUAUCAGCCAAGGUUUCACCUGGUGCGGGCCAACGACAUCUUGAAGCUUCCCUACUCCACGUUCAGGAGUUACGUUUUCAAGGAGACGGAAUUCAUCGCGGUGACCGCCUAUCAGAACGAGAAGAUCACCCAAUUGAAGAUCGACAACAACCCGUUUGCGAAGGGAUUCCGGGACACGGGGGCGGGGAAACGCGAGAAAAAAAGGCAGGCGCUGUUGACGGUGUCAGGUGGCGGUUCCCGUCUGACAACAGGUGGGCCAGCAUCCCCCGAGAAGCGUCGCUCGUCCAACUCCGUCAACGACCUACUGGACGACGAGGACAAACUGUUGGACGUGGUCGGGCCCGACACGCCGCACCCGGCCCACCACCAACGGGAGCGGGAGCACUCCCGCGAGAGGGAGGACCGGACGAGCGAGAGGGGCGAGGGGAGCGAGUCGUCGGGGUCGGAGAGCGGGGGCGGAGCGGGCCCGACGGGGUCCGAGGGGCCCAGACCGGACGUCUCGGUCGGCCCGCCGCUCCAUCCGCCCCUGCUACCCUACCUCUACCCCCCCGUGCCCGGCCUCUACCCGGGCCCGGGCCCCCUCAUCCCGCCCAGCCCCCUCGGGAUGCACGGCGGGGUGACCCCCGGCAUGCUGUUCAACGCGCAACUGGCCCUGGCCGCGUCCCAGCACCCGGCCCUCUUCGCCCACUACCCUCACCCCCUCGCCAGCCCCCUCCACCAGCUCAAGGGCCACCGCUUCGCCCCGUACACCCUGCCCGCGCCCUCGCACGGCUCCGCUUUCGAGACCGUGACGCCUGGUAGCAGGACGCUCAGCCCGAGGUCCCCGCCGCCCAGGCCCCCGACCGGCUCCCCGACACCGACCCCGGCCGGCCUCGGGCCGUCCGGGGGCAGCUCCGCGGGUGAACUGAAGUCCAUCGAGAACAUGGUGAACGGGUUGCAGGAGAAGAGGAGGCGCAGCCCGAGCCUGACGCCCGGCGGGCACAGGGGGGACGCGGACGCUGGAGGGGGGAGUCCGUGACAGGAGAACGAGCCCGUGACCAGCACGAACGAUGACCCCGCGGGCGAGCAGCUGAUCGAACCCUGCGAGCCCGAGCAGCUAUCCGGCGACGAGAGGGAGCCGGACUCAACCUCCGAGCCGUCGUAGCGGGGGAGAAGAGGGUCGUCGGUCCGCGGCUCUGCCGCCAUCCGUGCCCCGAUCGAUCGGGACGGGACGGGUCCGCGCCUAGGGGGGGACCGGGCCCCGGGGACCUGGACCAGGGACGCUCGAGUUAACGAAGUGCAAUUUCUGCCCGGGGAUCGCCGCCCUCGUGUUUACGUCGUCGUCGUCGUCGUCGUCGUCGUCGUGGGGACCGCCGAUCUCUCGGGACGGGCCACCGUCGUGCCGCUGCUGCUUCCCUGCGAGUGUGUACAUAAGAAUGGCCGGGACGGAUGGACGCGGGGUCCGGCCUGUGGACGCUGCCCGAGACUGUGGACUGCGCGCGAUGCUGGUGUACAUUUUUAUCGUUCACGGGGCACGGAGAGGGGGGAGGGGGCGGGCGGAGAGCACGGGGCUGGGAGAGCUUGCUAGUCGCGUGGGCGGCAGUCUCGUUUGGCGCGAGAGAAGGAUCGAAACGGGAGGAGAGAGAGAGAGAGAGAGAGAGUUGAGAUGAGUUUCGAGCCGUUUGGAGCGUGGGGGGAGGGGGGAGGGGAUGGAAGGAAGGAAAGCGCGUUUAACGAGAUCGAUAACGAUCGAUCAAUUCGAUCAUUCGAUGGGAUUGUCCUCCAUCUUUGGGAGGAGGAGAAGGGCCAGGCCACGCUCGAAGUGAUUCGAAAAGUAAUCGGUGAAAGUGAUCGGUUUGUGGUGGAAGAGUGAAAGAGAACGGAUGAUACGAUGAGCGAUGCGAUAAGCGAAAGUUUUAUUAAUAACAGAGACAUUGCAAUACGAGAGCAGCUCUAUACUAUUUGCAGCCCCUGUACAUAUGUACCCUAGUGAUAUUAUAUAUAUAUAUUAUAUAUAUAUAAAUAUAAAUAACUACUCUCUGUAUUAAUUAUUAAAUAUAAUAUUAUAUUAAUUAUUAGAGAGACGUAAACGACGCAUAAACGACGCACGCUGCCCGAUCACGCGUCGAUGCCCUCGAAACUAGUGAGAAGGAAAGAGAAUAAAUAUCGGAGACGAGAGAGAGAGAGAGAGAGAGAGAAGAAAAGGUUGUAAUUUCGAACGAGAACGAAAUUCGAUAUUCGAUCCUAUAUGAUAGAACUUUGGCCGCGAGAAUCGUUUCGUUUCACGCGUGAUUCGUGAAAUAAGAAGGAAAAGGAAAGGAAAAAAAUCGAGCGUCGUUCCUCGAUUCGCGACGGAGGGCGCCACAAUGGGCAGCCUCGUUCACCAACGUUUCGAAAAUUGGAAUCGGAACACGACACGUCGAAAAAUCUCUCUCGGGGCUUUCAUCCAUCUCUUCUCGACGUCGUUGCUUCGAAAAAUGGAACACCGCUCGCCCUUCCCACCCCCUUGCGUCCCUCCUCUUUGUAUAAACGAUCGAUGUAGAUUACUCGCGGGAAUCGUCGUCGUAGAACACCGAGUUUCACGGUAACUCGAGAGAGAGAAAGAGAGAGAUGGUGAAGAAUCGUGAAGAGAAAGUGACUCGAGAACCUGUGCCGUUUCCGAAACCCGAGGAUGGAUCCCGCGAUUUCGGUUGACCCUUUGAUCAACGAGAUUCGUAUUGUUCGGAUUCUCGAUCAAAUCUGAUUGAACGGGGAAUGGAUCACUGUGAGCGUUUUAUUAUCAGGGGUGAGAGAGUGCAAUUGCGUUUUUUUUCAAUUCGUUUUCAUUAUCGACCAUCGAUAAUGUACGAAUACGUGUAAAUGUAAAAUUAUCUCUCUUCGCGGUGAAGAGAACAACAAGAGAGUAAGUUCUGUUGAUGCUCCCUCUUUGAUUUGAUGAUUUCGUUUUUUUUUUUUUAUUUUAUUUUAUAUAGAACACGGGACGGAUUGUAGUGUAAAUUGUGAAAUUUUUUUUGUUACUUAUUACCGUGUAAAGUUGUAAUUAGUUUCGACCGAUCUGAUAAAUGUUGACGCGAAUAAUUAAUUGCGAACGAUUGUGGUUAACGAUAAUCGAAAUAUCACUUCUAAUGUAAAAAUGUGUAUCAUGUGUAAUGUUCCGAUUGUACGAAACGACGAACGAACCGUUAGUUAGGUUGAACGAAUCUACAAAGCGUUGCUAUAUAAUUAUUCUUCGAUGGAUUCUUCUUUUCGUCUUCUAAUUAUUAUCUCGAAACAAAUCAUCCGUGAUACCUCCGUCGUGUUUAUUGUAUAAUAAUGUGAAUACUUUAUAUAUCUGUUCCUAUUUCUUCUUCUUUUUUUUUCUUUCUUUUUUUUUUUUUUUUUUUUUUUUAAUCGACGCUACUUCGCCAGUUACAAACUGUCACUAAUGAUAACUUUUAAAAUAUUUCUUUUUCCUAUUUAAAAUUUUAAAUAAAUGAGUUAAAUGUUUUUCCAUUCUUUUUUUUUCUUCUUCUUCUUCUUUAAUCGCUUUCCUCAUAUUUUUCAUCCAUUAUUUAUUCUGUUCUUUUACAGUACGAAUCGCAAAUUCCAAGAAGAAAGGAAAUGUUCCAAUAUUCCAACAUUUCCCCUCCCCCCUCCAAUGCCUAAACGCAGUUAGCAUAAAAAUAAAGAAAAAAAGAGAAAAAAAUAUCAUCGAGAGAAUUUACGACAGCCUGUUAAAAAUGGUAUUAAAAAAUUUUGAAAUUAAAAAAAUAUUAUUUUAUUCAAAGUGUACGGGAAUUAAAAAGUAUCGAGAUCAAAGGGUUAACAACGUUAAACUCCACCAGAGUCGACCGAUCGAGUUUCAUUUCCGUGACGGAAACUCGUUUUCCUCAAACUCCUCCGUUGCUUAAGAUCCUCGUAAUCGUAUUAUUGUCCCGAUGUAAAUGCGAAGAAGAAUUCGAAAUUGUACAAAAAAAAUAGAGAUGAUUCGAGGAAAACGACCACCGGAACCACGCUGACCACUUUUCUCGAUCGAGAAUCGCAGAACGAAAUCGCACAGGAAAUUUUAUUUUAAGUGAAAAUCGUCGCUUCCUCGUCUCGAAGAGCCGGAAAAAUAAUUUCGA